AUGCCCCGCGCCGUCGCUGUCGUCGCCGUCGCCAUCCAGUCCAGCGGGAAGAUCACGAUCGAGAAGUGGAAAGCCAGAAAACCAAACGGAAACCGGGGCAACGUGCCGCCAGUACUGGUCGGCGUGGACGACAGCGACCAUAGCUACCGCGCGCUCGAGUGGGCCCUGCGGUACGUGGCGGAGACGGCCGGCCCCAGGGCGCCGACGGAGCUCGUCGUCGUCCACGCCAAGCCGGUCGUGUCCUCCGUCGUCACCCUCGGCGGCCCCGCCGCCGCCGGGGACGUGGUGCGGUACGUGGAGGCGGACCUGCGCAGGAGGGCCGAGGAGGUCGUCGACAGGGCUCGCCGCGUCUGCCCCGCCAACUCGGUGCAGGGAGUGGUGAAGGUGAUCGACGGGGAGCCGAGGUACGUGCUCUGCAACGCAGCCGAGAAGCACCACGUCAACCUGCUGGAAUUUAGUCUAUUUAGGCAGCCCAAUAACUAUUUCAGAAAUUCCUAAUAAAUCCUAAAGACCCACUUAGCCCAUUUAUGCAAGGCAAGAGAUACUACUAAAGUUUAGUCCCACAUUACUAGUUUAGAGGGGGUUGGACCUCUUUAUAAGGGAGGCUCCUUCCCCACUUAUAUGAGCAUGAGAACAAGAGGGAUAUCCACACGCGCUCCUCCUCUGCCGCCCGCCUUGCCACGACGCGACGCGGGUUGCGGGAAUGAGCCGAUGUCUAAAUUUUUGCCACGCACUACGGGUAUACGAAAGGUCACAUGGAAGUGAAAAGUUUUUGCGAUAGUGGAGUUUGAAUGCGCACGGUGCAGCCCUUUGGCUACUGGCUGUUCGCUUCAGCUUCGUCUCUUCGUUUCACCUUCCGUCGCUGCCCUCUCGCCUUCUUCUCUUGCGCCUAUAAAAGGGAGGUCGCUCCUCUCAGAGAGAGACGCACCAGAAUCUCUUCCUCCUCUCGCCACACGUUCCUGAGAACUGCACUGUUGUUAUGUUCUUCCUCAUCCCGGCUUGCGGCGUGCACCACUGGUCGGGACAGUAGGCCUCCGGAACCACACCUUUUGAGUCCUGUACGGGAGAAGGGUGAUAAGGUUUUUGGGGAGCGCUCAGCACGACUACUGGCUGCUUCAUCACGGACGAUCCGGUCGCCGGCGACUACUUCCCCGACG